AUGAACAUCCCAACAGCAUUUUUAAUAUUUUUUAUAUCUAACUUAAUCCUAGCACAUUGUGAAAACAUCCUAAUAAUUCAAUCUUAUGGAUAUUACAGUCACACUAAAGUACAACAUUCAUUAUUCCUAGAUCUUCUCCAACAUGGACAUAAUUUGACAAUAUUUACACCAAGAAUUAUGGACUUUAGUGGAUAUGAGAAUAUAACUCAGUAUCAUUUUAAAGAACAUUAUCUUGACUCAAAUGAUUCUACAAUUGAUGAAAUUUUAAAAUUCAUUAUUAUUAAUGGUGGAUGGUUCUUCCUUAAUAAUCUUGCUUAUGUCUACCAAGUCUUGAAGACCGAUAUGAAAAUGUUGGAAUUUAAAAAAUUAUUUCUUGAACCUGAAAAUCACAAAUUUGAUUUAAUUAUGCUAGAAACAGAUUUAUACAUUUGUGAAAUACUAGCUGAAAUUUAUGAUUGUCCAGUUGUCAAAUUCAGUGCCUGUGAAAUGGUAAUUUUCCAGCAUGAAAUGAUUGGGAAUCUCGUACAUCCAUCGAUUCAUACAAGUAUUUUUAUGCUGCCAAGAAUUCAUGGAAAUUUGAGUUUUUUUGAUCGAAUUUUGUCAUUUUUGUUGUACAUAUUAAAAUAUUUUUACAGUUUUGUCCUAGAAUUUUUUGUGAAUGACAUACUCCAGGAUAGUUUACCAUCAGAACUGAGAUAUCCACGAGGCUACAAAAUAUCUUACAAAAGACUUCAAAUGAGAUUUACAUUUCUGAAUUUAAUGACAGAAAGUAUUAGACCAAUUAUUCCUAGUUAUCAUCAAAUUGGCUUCUAUCAUAUAGAACCACCAAAAUCAUUGGACAUAGAGUUAGAAAAUUUUAUCAAUACCUCCAUUAAUGGAGUAAUUCUACUGUCCAUAGGCUCUGAACUUAGCUUGACUGAAAUCCACCAACAAAUAUUUCUUAAUGCUUUCAAAAAACUUCAAUUUGACAUAAUUUGGAAAGUUGAUCCAGAAAAAGUCAAAAAAUUUGAAAUUCCAAAAAACGUUUUAACAUCAAAUUGGCUUCCAGUUUCUGAUAUAUUAGGACAUUUAAAUGUCAAAGCACUUAUCACACAUGGCGGUGCAAGGACAAUUGAAGAAGCAAUUGAUCGUGAAAUUCCAAUGAUUUUUAUUCCAAUGGUUUGUGAUCAACAAUUUAAUGUGAAAUUUUUGACUAAAAAAGGUGUUGGAAUAAGUUUGGAUAUUAAUGAAAUAAGUGAGAAAUCUGUCAUAAAUGCAGCCGAUGAAAUUAUGAAGUACAUUUAUAAGAAAAAUGUCCGCAAAUAUAAAGAAUAUGUUUAUGACCAAAUGAUGACUAGUCAUGAGAUUGCAAGAGAAAAUAUAAAGGUUUUAUUAAAGCACAAAGAUGUCUACUCCUAUCAGCAAUAUGAAGGAAGAAGAAUUGGAUUUAUUACGAGAUAUUUUAUUGAUAUUUAUUUAAUUCUGUCAUUAUUCAUUUUUAUUUUUUACUAUUUACGGAAAUUUCUAGGAAAUUUAUGA